CUAAAAAUUUCGAACGCUUGGACUGACUGUGUGAAAGCGUCUAACUAGUAGCUGCACGGGCAUGGGAGUUAAUUCAGGCAGGUUAACAGCCGUUGUUGUUGUCUGGGCGGUGACAUUGAGCGCAGCAGCAGCCCAACGGAAAGGAGACUGUUUGUCGCUCAUCCGCAAUGGACGAGUCAUGGGGCAAUGUAUUCCUGUGCGCGAGUGUGAGUACUUCAUGGGGAUACUUUCUGCACCGCCUGUUUCCCAGUCUGAUAGGAAUCUGCUCAGGGAUAAUCAGUGCAACCGACAACAGAAUGGGAAUAUUAACGUGUGUUGCCCCAUUCAAGGUGGAACUGGCGCAGGGCUAGUGAGUAGAGAUAGCUUGGGCGCCUUGACACAUCCACUAUUGCCUCGCGAAUGCGGCGGGGUCAAAUGGCAGCGCUCCAAUGAUACGGAAACGAAAAUAAAUGAGUAUCCGUGGCUGGCGCUGAUUGAGUAUACGAAACCAAGCCAAGAGAAACUUCACGCUUGUGGCGGCGUUUUGAUCAGCGAACGCUAUGUGCUAACGGCGGCUCAUUGUGCCUCUGGAAAGGCGAUAAGCAGCGGAGGCUGGCAAAUGCGUGCCGUACGGUUGGGCGAAUGGGAUACGUUGACAAAUCCGGAUUGCCAGGUCAGUGGGGAACCUGUCAAAACGGAAUGUGCUCCUCCUUACCAGGACGUGCUCAUCGAAGAGAUCAUUGUGCACCCGGACUAUAACAAGGACAGCCUCAGUCAAACGUAUGACAUUGCAAUGAUACGACUGAAGGAUGCCGUCCAGCUCAACAACUACGUGCAGCCCAUUUGCUUGCCAAACCAGCAGCUGCACGCCGAUGAGCUGGAGGAUCUGGUUACGGAAGUGGGCGGCUGGAAGGCCACCUCCAGCUCACGCCUAAGAAAGAGUGAGGUUAUCAUUGAGUCUAUCGAAGCCUGUCAGAAGCAAUAUGCCGCCCAAAAUAUACAUAUUAUGGCAUCCCAAUUGUGCGGGUCUGCCAAAACCAAUGAGUGUCAUGGCAACUCUGGCGGUCCGCUUAUGUUGUUAAAGAAUAACGUUUAUCUUCUUGGCGGCUUGUUGUCUUUCGGUCCUGUACCGUGUCCAAGUACUGGCUGGCCGGAUAUCUAUACCCGUGUGGCCUCCUACAUUGAGUGGAUACAUAGUAAUCUAAAAGCCUGACGAAUUAAUUUAUACAGUCCUUUAUAUACUUA